AUGGUUCCACGUGCAUCCUCGAGCAAUCCGAAUGUUACGAACCCUGCAGUUCCCCUGGCGGCAAAUAGACCUUCCCAAAACAUUGAUCCUUACAGUGUGGCCGACGGACUGAAUGCCGUGAAUAAAGGCAUGCCACCGCCUGUGCCAGUUGACGUUCCACGGGCCAGAGGAAUCACUCCAAGCCCUAACUCCGCCCCAGGUUUGGCAAUUGUGAAAUAAAAUGAAUCUUGUUGCAGUAUCUAGGCGUUCCCAAAGACGAAAUGCACAGGGUCGGCGUACUAGAGUCUCAACUUCUGAAUCCAAUCUAGAAACAACGGAAAAUGAACGACUCCGUACCGUGGGAAGGAACAAAACACCCGGCAGCAGGGAUCGGAGACAGACUUCAUCUACUGUAAGGACAAGAUCAGCAAGCCGGUCAACCCCAGGGUCUCAAGGGUCGGAAACUGACUCCAGGCCGAGGAGGAGACGAGCCACUGAAACUGCAUCAAGAUCAGGAUCUACUAGAAGUUCAGUUUCGGUCAGAUCUGGAAGUCGAGUCAGUGGGACAGGUUCUGAAAGAAAAUCAACUGGCGCAUCGGAGAGGUCGAUUUCAAGGUCUGGCUCUGUAAGAACUCAGACUGCCAGAAGCACCAGGACUGAGGAUUCUUCUGGCAUCAGAACUUUGGAUUGGGUGCCUCUUUUGGUGGGAAAGGAGAGUCCCCAGUACUUUUCGGAAGGGAUCCAACAUCUCGAAGGAUGGAUAUCGGAACCAAAGUAUGCCCCUGAAUCGAUUAACAAUCCCUCUUUAGUCCUGAAUAUCCGGUCGAGAUUCUACUUGGGCUAGAAUACAUUUCAAAUGUUUAUAAACUGGAGAUUACGGUAGUCGAUCAUCUCUUGCGUAAGCUGGAUAAAUAGAUGGAUAUCUAUGGUGACCAUGAAUUUAGCCGAAAAAAUUGAGGUUCGAGUUGGAAGAGGAGAGCAAUUGGAUCGGGAUAUGACAUAUAAGUCAGCCAGAGAAGCUGCGUACGAAUUGAAGGGUACGGUAAUGUUUGAGAAGCCUACGUCAAAGAAUGUGGACCCAGAGACGAAGACCGUUUUCAUCGAUUACGAAGCGCAAUACGUAUGGCUGACAAUAUUUGAGCCCCUCAGAAACAGACUUAACAGAACCAAUCAGGUACAUAUUUGAUGUGUCAAAUGGCCAUUCCAUAUUUUUAGGUCAGGAUUGGGAGCCUGGCUUUGUAUGGAUAUCCCAUGGACAAGACUAAAUACACUCCUUUGACCCCUGGCACCGCCAAUACUCGAACACAGUUGACUACUCGGGGCUCGGGCUCUUCUUUUGUUAGCGUAUUUAGUCUUACCAAUUCUAUGGGACCGGGUGAUUUGGUAGGAGAGGAUGAUGAUAAUGCAAUUGGAGUAAUCGGCAAUGAAGGUUUCAAAAGUUUUGGGGACAAUCUGGCCUCUGAUCCGUUGGUCUCAAUACGUGUGGCUAAAAGGGUGCUGGGUAGAAGAAUAGAGAAGGCGGAAAGGGUAAGCAGUCAGCGCGUCAAAUAAUUAUGAGUAUCUGGACCCCAAAAUACAUUAAUCUUUUAGAGAGGACUAGAUGUACAAGCUACCGUAAUCCAACGAGCGAUUGAAAGACUAAAUGAAUAUGAGACAAAGAUGCUGGAGAUGAAGUCAAAGAUGAGCACGGCCUUAACAGAAAGGGAUUACGAGGAGGUCGGUGUUCUAAAAUUUAAUAUUUAUUUUAUUAGGCAAAGAAACAAUUCUUAUCCAUGAUUGAUGCUCGGGAUCUGGCCUUCAGAGUAAUCCAUCUGGAUCUUUUAUUAGGGAAGGAAGAAGUAAGGAGUGGGGAUCCGGGUGCGUGGAAUCAGCUUCUUCUGGAGAACAUUACCUGAGUUUGUUCUUCCGUGUGUUUCCUUUGCUAUCUUGUACGUGUUCCUUUCCUUUCGAUGUAUCUAUAGCAAUAAUUUUAUUUCGGAUCCUUUAUUCUCAUGUUUCUAAAUUUAUUUUUAAGCUUCGAUCUUUGGGUGUGGAGUCCACGUGGGUCCAAUGA